GUAACCGGGGCUUUGUUCGUGAAACAGGACCUCGAUUCGUCUGAUGUGAUGGCGAUUGACCCCGAAGAUCCAACCCAAGACUCACCAGGAUCAUCAGCAGAAUCGUCUUCCAUGCAUGUUCCAGAACUGGAUGCAACGGAUCCGGCGCUUCUCAAACAAUACUUUUUGAUUGAAGGCGAAAUGCUGACGAAACUGUUCAAAUUUUGUCCGCAAUGUGGUCAAAAACUAGCGAAAAGUCGUCUGUGUCCUGCCGGCACUGCUGCAGUAAUGCGUGACAGUGGUUAUGGCAUUCCGUUCCGGCAGCCGAAGAUUGAAUGUGUCGACGCUCCCGAAGAACUUAGCAGUGGGACGUCGUGUCCAGUUCUGACGGACGUGAAACCUGUAACCGGGGCUUUGUUCGUGAAACAGGACCUCGAUUCUUCUGAUGUGAUGGCGAUUGACCCCGAAGAUCCAACACAAGACUCGCCGGGAUCUUCAGCAGAAUCGUCUUCCAUGCAUGUUCCAGAACUGGACGCAACGGAUCCGGCGCUUCUCAAGCAAUACUUUUUGAUUGAAGGCGAAAUGCUGACGAAACUGUUCAAAUUUUGUCCGCAAUGUGGUCAGAAAUUGGCCAAAAGUCGUCUGUGUCCUGCCGGUACUGCGGCGGUAAUGCGGUACGUCUGCUCGAGCUGUUCGCUACGAUACCCACAUGUGAGACGAUGGGAAAGUCAGCGCCGAGCUGUGGAACAUAAGAAGGAGAAGACCUACAUGGGUGACCUGGAAGCCGCAGUGGCAGCUAUCACGACUGGCCUCAGAUAUACGGAGUUGCAACGGUGGGCUGAACAAUUGAACCUAUCCUUCUUCACGAAAGCAUUCUUCUGGAAGGUCUUCCAAUGGACGAAGACGGCCAUCGAGCAAGUCUACAACAUGCAUCGAAGAGAUGUAAUGAAGGUCGUACAAGAGUCCUAUGAGCGUGGCGAGAGACUGUGCUUGGCAGCCAAUGGAAGCGUCAGCAGAGGGGACCAGUCGUCACUUCUUGGCAAAGCCGUCCUCAGUGAUACUCGUACAAAACUCAUCUUGCACACAGAGUUUAUUCAUCGUUCUGAGUCAGACAAAAUUAGUGGCCGAGUAGAUGUGGAGGCAUUGAACCGUUUACUUCAGUGGAUUUCGAGAGAGAGGUUGCCAGUGUAUUCACUGGCUACCAAUCGUAAUCCUGCUCUCGCAGUACCGCUGAGAAACAUGGAACCACAACUGGGUCGUGUCCUACAUCUUUAUGACACAUCGCUUCUGGUGAAAUGGCUGGAAAAUGAACUCCGAAAGGCGGCUCAGAAAGAAGGCUGUUCUUCGAUUCUACCAUGGAUAGAAGAAGUGAAAACGCUUCUUUGGAGUGCAGCUGAAUGGUCGCCUAAAUUCAGCUCAGAAGUGCCGCACCGAUUCAAUGAAUGCCUGAGACAAGUAACGGACGAACGCUACGAUACGAUUGAGGAACACCAACCGACCGAUUCCUCUGCAACCACCAGCGACAACGCCAAUGGUCACCUAGAGGCUUCUGGCGUUUCCCGGCUGAAAGAUAAUGCCCUCAGAAGCUUCCGAGAUGUAGUGCUGAACAAACGAUUCCAGCGGGAUUUGGUGAAGGCCAGUCCGGCUGGAGGUGUACCCAUACGUCAGCUUGAAAACGCCUUGUAUAGGAUUUACUGUAGGAGAGAUAUCAAUUAUCCUCCAUUCGUUUACCCGGUGUUCAUGAAGAUGGCUGAGAUGCACCUGAAUACGCUGAGGCUUGCCGAACUGAACGGGGACAGAAAAGUGGAGAAGGUAGAGGAGCGUGAUGGUCCACGAGGAAAGACGACGUUGACUUUCAAGACACCUGUAGCCCACACUUGGAGAGAUAGCGUCCUUCAAGAGGUUCUGACCCUUCGGGCAUGGAUGUUGAAUGACGAUCUCGAUGACAUAGACGACAAAUCUCAAGAGCUCAUUGAGGCAAUAGAGGCUGAAGACGCAUACGACGAUCUCGUCUGA